CCCCCAACCUUCCCGACAGGCUUCCAUUCAGGCUCAAUCUCUCCUCGCCCCCUCCUCUCCAGCAAAGACCGAGGUGCUAUUGUUUCGUUUCCUGUGCCAGUGGAAACCGUUAAUGUAGCUUUGCGUAAAGUCAGAUGCAUCGGGGCCGCAUAAACACACAUGCUUACACGCACUCAAACACACACACGCAUGCAGACACAAUGUAACGAAACAAUGUUGCGCUUUAUAAUAGCUUACUCCUUCCUGCGCAAAAGCUGAAACCUUGUCAAGCCAAGCGAGUUGGAAAUACAUGCGCUUGCAUGCUGGCACAGGCAAUGCUGGAUUACUUGUUUAUUUUUUCAGUUUCACAUUUGCGGUUAUUUUCCGAAAAGACUGAGCAUUUUCGAAAGGUUGACCCACCUGUCAGGAAAAGGAGACUACGUUUUUCGCCUCAUUUUUAAGUUUCGCUGGUUUUACUGUUCGCAGAACAGCAGACUAUGGAACUCGUGUUAAACUGACAGGUUCGCGGCGCCGACGAGGGAAACAGAAGCUGUCGCUGCUCUCGCGGGGCAGGCAGCACUGUGUUUGGUCUGCUGGGAAGCACGGGGGUCAGCGCCACUUCGGCCUGCGAGCCCACGAUGGGCAGGAAGGAGCACGUCUGGGAGCUCCGCUGCUGAGGGGAGGGAUUUUCAGAGAGAGCCUCGGCCUGUCCGUCCACCCCUCCCCCUCCCCUGUCCCGCCGCCGUACCUCGAGCCUCCGCCUCAGCGCCGCCGCCAUGGCGAGCCUGGCGCUCAACGAGAGCGGCAUGGAGGACUGCGGCAUCGACGACUCCUUCAAGUACAACCUGUACGGCGUGGUGUACAGCGUGGUCUUCGUGCUGGGGCUGAUCACCAACUGCGCCGCCCUCUUCGUCUUCUGCUUCCGCAUGAAGAUGCGCAACGAGACCACGCUCUUCAUGACCAACCUCGCCCUGUCGGACCUGGUCUUCGUCUUCACCUUGCCCUUCAAGAUCUUUUACAACGUCAACCGUCACUGGCCCUUCGGCGACGGGCUGUGCAAGGUUUCGGGCACGGCCUUCAUCACCAACAUCUACGGCAGCAUGCUCUUCCUCACCUGCAUCAGCGUGGACCGCUUCCUGGCCAUCGUCUACCCGUUCCGCUCGCGCUCCAUCCGUACCCGCCGCAACGCCGGGAUCGUGUGUGCCGCCGUCUGGCUCCUCAUCUUGGGCGGGGGCAUCUCCGUCACGUUCUUCUCCACCACCAACCAGGCCAACUCCAGCACCACCUGCUUCGAGGGCUUCUCCAAGAAGACCUGGAAGACCUACCUGUCCAAGAUCACCAUCUUCAUCGAGGUGGUGGGUUUCCUCAUCCCUCUCCUGCUCAACCUGGGCUGCUCGUCCAUGGUGCUGCGAACACUGCGCAAGCCCGCCACGCUCUGCCAGAUCGGCACCAACAAGGAGCGCGUGCUGCGCAUGAUUGUGGUACACGUGGCCAUCUUUGUGGUGUGCUUCGUGCCCUAUAACUCCAUCCUCUUCCUCUACGCCAUGGUGCGCUCACAGGCCCUGGCCAACUGUGGGCUGGAGCGCUUCGCUCGCACCCUGUACCCCAUCACGCUCUGCGUGGCCACGCUCAACUGCUGCUUCGACCCCGUCGUCUACUACUUCACCUCCGAGUCCUUCCAGAAGUCUCUGACCACGGGCAAGACCCAGUUCAAGCAGGAGAACACCCUGCGUAGUGAGGUCCCCCUCUCCAGCAAGGAGACCAAUGACACUGAGUCCUCGGAGGCCCACAGGCAGACCAGCAAUGGCAAGGACCUGGUGUCUGAGACGCAUUUCUGAAUAGGGGAGGGAGGGAAGCAUCUGGGUUAAACAGAUGUUACCAGUUGGCUGGCUUUUCUCCUCAUUGCCUUUGAAGCCGUGGUCGUUAGUUUCCGAAACCAGAAGUAUCAAAGCAGUGGGUGUCUUGAAGUGCAGCUCUUUGGAGAACCAGGCUGUGGAGGAAGGAGUUUUAUCAGUGUUAUCAGAAUGUUAAGUGCUAUAGAUGUACUACUGUGUUUUUUCUCUUUUUCUGAUGUUAGCCAGUCAAGUGUUUAGGGCCUCUUGGUCCUGUUCUGUUUAAGAGAUUUUUUUUUUCUUUGUGAAAAUUUAAUGAUCAUAAAAUAGCUGACAGAGCCAGUCUUAAAUUUACUCUGAUGCAAUGCCGAGGAUGUUACAGUGUUAAAGAACAACAAUAAAAAUAAAACAAUCUGGUCAAAGGUGAAUGAAAAUUUGUUUAAUCGUAGAUAUGGGCUGCCACCAUAUCCUUCAGAUCCAAGAACACCCAAUGGCCAUUGUGAUAUUUGCCAUAUUCUGUUUAUAAUUUUACUGUUGCUGUCCUGCCUUGAAAAAAGGUGGUUGUGAGUGAUGGUGAUGGUGAGCGGUUUGUUUAUUCUCUAGAGUCAUCUCUCCUCAGAGGUGGCAUCAAAGUGUUGUCGUGAGCACUGUGACUUGAUAAAAUACGACUAAAUUCAUUAUGUUGGUCUACAAGGAUCUGCGUUCCCUAAGCAUGUUAUUGAACAGUUAUUCUGUUCGAGAGAAAAAAUAGGAUUUUCAUUUAAACAAAUCUUUCAGCGAAAUUCCUCCGUUUAAAUAGUCUGUUUACACAAUCUUAAUCUCUUUAUCCCCCUAACUGAACUCACACAGACACGUACACACACACACACACACAAACACACGUACACAUACACAUACACACUUGCACACUGGAUUGUGGAUUUGUUUCUCUUUUAAUUAUGUGAUCUUUUUGUAUCGUAUUCUAAUAAAUUGUAUUAUAUUGUUCAUAUGAAAAGACACUGUGUACAGAGGCGGCUGUGUUCAGAUGCGGAAUAGAUCAUUGUUCCGGAGUAGAACUGUCAGAAGAGACCACAGUUGUAGUAAACAAGCGUCUGCUGUUAACAAAAGAGCACUUUUCAAUGUGGAAUUCUAUGUCUAUGUGAAUGUCUGUCUUGUAGACCUGGAAUGAGAGCUAUUAAAAAAGCAAAAAGAAGGAAAAAAUCUGAAAAAAACAAAUGUUUCAUUUGAAGGCUUUAGCUCUGGGUCUCUCACUGCGCCCACCCCCUACGCCUGUGAGUGUGUCUCGUUUGAAAUGCCUCACUGUGAAAUCAGGGAAAGGGUUACAGAGUUAACUGUAGUUUACCAGUGCUGCUCAUGUGGAUAAUUAUUUUAGCUCUGAUUGUAGCUUUCUAAAUGACUCACAGAAACCUCGCUGAGUGGACCUGUGAAAGAAUUACGUUACAGCUGGACACUACACCUAGUGACAGCCUGUUUUUCCCCCACAUACAAAAUGGAGCACCGUUGUGGGAAUCAGUCAUCAGUCCUGUAUUCUGCACAGCAGUGAUAAUUAAGUCCUGAAGUCCUAAAGUCCUGUGUGUGUGUGCAAGUGUGUGUGUGUGUGUGUGUGUGUGUCUGCAUGUGUACUUCUGUGUGUCUAAUGUGUGCUAGUGCAUGAGUAUGCUUGUGUGAUGGGCUUAGUUCCAUGGUGGGCAUGGCAUGUUCUUCAGAGGUGGGAUCAUAGCCUUUAAAGAAUCCUAGUCCGUUGGCGUGCUUUGUUCCCACUCACGUCAAUGCCUGAGGCCUACCACUGCAUCCAGCUCGCCCACCACGGCAUUAAUACAGUGGCAUGGGGCUGGGCGGAAAGUCAACGGAAUGGCCUGGCAUUUGACCUCAGAAUCGACUGCUGUAUGUCCCUUCCCCUGCAGAGCUGGCGCGACGUGCAGGGCUGCACAAUGCGGUGCCAGGCUGCUGAACUGAGCGUGCUUCGAAUGCGGGAGCGCGGCUCUUAUGCAAACCAGGCAAGAGAAAAAAAAAAAAAAGAAAUCUCGUUGUUUCGGAGAAGCCCCCGCGGUGUUCCCCUGGCCGAGCGCUCGUUACGGCGACUGCGGUGGAGCAUUGUCCUGCACUGAAAGAGGGGUCUUCAGCCUAAUCACCGGCGGGUCCCGAGCGCUGCCUUAAUGCUCCCAGAUAUGUUGUUAUGGACUUUUUUUUCUGGCACGUAAGGUUCAUUAGAUUAGCUGGUGGAUUUCAAAUGAGUCCCUUUUAAGUUGCUUGUGCUCCAGAAAUGGGGGGGUUAAGUGCGGAGGGCUGGCGGUCAAACACGACGGCUCCACACGGGCAGCCUAACGCAAAGCAGAUGAGUCUGCCGGGGGAGGAGUGGGACGGCCUUUUAACUUAAGAGCCCCUCACCUCCGCCCCCACCCCCACCCUAGUCUGUAUCUGCCACUUGCCAAGGAAGGUGAAAGGGGGAGGACUUUGUUUUUACCGUUUAACAUUUUUGUUUUUCAAACUUUUUAAUCGUGUGUUUCCUCAUUAGUGAAAACAAAUGAGCUGAACUGUGGUUUAGCUGCUGUGUUAACGCUAAAAUGAGCAGAAUGCGUUAGCGGCUUUAUGUGAUAUGGCGGCAGUCCUGCUGCUCAGGCCAGGUUUCAAACGAGUGUAAUGGGACCAGCCUUCAAAGUGACCGGGUAAACUGCUGUAUGGGACACUGUAAUAUUGUACACGGGAUAGGCCGAUGCUGGGAGAGUAAUGGGGGGCUGGAUUUGGGGGGCAGCACACUCCAGCUGCUGUGUGGGUGACCGAUGGCGGGGCCUCUGGUUUAUCUUGUAACCCAAUAUCAGCCACCAUUUCUUUCCUCACGGGUAGUGUGUUUGAGUGGCACUGGCAUCUGCCUGCCAAGCCGGCACAGUUCCCCCGAGUCUGGAGGGAGAAAGGGGCUGUGGAGACAAGAGUGGUCCGGUGGGGGUGGGCGGAUGGGAAAAGGGAGGAAGGGGGUUCUAGUAGUGAUGGGGUGAGUGACGCUUCACAGAUUCCAUUGUAAGUAGAGCUAAUGGCUUCUGUCAGUGGCAAAUUUGUAUGUCAGUAUGAAUAGUGAAACACAAUGUUUGGUGGGCAGUACACGUAACACAUGCAAUGCCUCCAUCCAUUUGUAGAGUUCAUGAAGCCUCACUGUCCCAUCACUAGAGUUUGGGAAGAGGGGAUGUUAUGGCCACUUGGGGACUGGACAGGGCAUCAAGGCCAGCAGAAGGAGAGUUCACUGUGGUAAAGGAUUUUUCUGUUGGACAUGCAAGAAAAAGAAGAACUGAGGGGGAAUACUGAGGCAGACACACAGGACGUACGGGAACGUGACUUUUGAACACAAUGCUGACCUUUGACCUUCCCAGGCCUAGCCUGAGGGUGGUCAGAGUCGGGGGUGGAUGAGUGAGUUGGGUGAGUGGGGCGUACGAAGAUAUGCAGGGUAAAUAUGGCUCUGACCCACAGCUGCUAUUAGUAAUACGACAGCAAGCCCCACAUUCACACAACUUCAGGAUGUCAUCUUUAUUAUCAUUAAAAUUCCUCCAUCUGUGA